AUGCGCUCCACCAUUGUUGUCGCUGCCGGCCUUGCUGCCGUUGCAUCUGCCGGAACCACCACCAUCACCGACACCGUCGAUGUGACCAUCACCUCGUGCGAGCCCACCGUCACGAACUGCCCCUACAAGGGCGGCUCUGGUGCCGACCAGACCUGGGGUGACUGGAGCGCUGCCACGACCACCUCCAGCAAGCCUGUUGACCCCGUGAGCACCGACUCCCACACCUGGGGCGACUGGACCAGCGCCAGCAGCACCAGCAGCAAGCCUGUUGACCCCGUGAGCACCGACUCUCACACCUGGGGUGACUGGACCACCACGACCACCUCGGCUCCUGUGGCUCCCACCACGACUGCCGCCUGCGGUCAAUACACUGCCACCACUCCCCCGGCCUGGUUCUCUCUCCUGCCCUCUGAUCAGCUCAGCUCGAUCGAAGCCAAGUGGACUGGUGCUCCUCCCGCCGACUGGUGCUACUGGACUUACAGCACUGGCUCUCUCUCCACGACCGCCACCCCUGUUGCUCCCGCUUCUGACGUCCCCAGCCCAUGGUCCUCUGUUGCUCCUGCUGCUGGCACCGGUGCUCCGGCUGCCCCUGUCUCUCCCGAAUCCACUGGUGUCUGGUCGUACUCUGGCUCUGCCACCCCUGUCGCACCUGCUGUCGCCACCUUCACUGGUGCUGCCAAUGCCAACACUGGAUCGUUCGCUCUCGCUGGUCUCGCUGCUGCCGCCGUUUUGGUCAUGGCAUAA